CCUUUACACAAAAAUCCCACUAGCGAUUUCAAGGCAACAAGAGGUGGUGGAGGAUAAGAUACAGGAAAGAAAAUAAUAUUGUUCAGAAAAUAUCCAAGACAAAAAGAAUGUGGAAAAAAUUAAAGAAACUAUUCAAACCCUCAAAGAAGGACAAGCAGGAGCUGGUCAGUCUCCUUACGUGGCAAAGUAACUCCUAUACAUUCACAGUUGCAGAAAUUCAAGACUUUAUAAGCAAUAGAAAAUAUGAAAACGCACAGACCGCAUUGGAAGAUUAUGAGCCAAAGAAAAUAUCCGAAGAGAAAAUAAAGGUCCUUUAUGAAGAAAUGGAAAGCAACAUGUGGUCAGCUGUGAAGAAAACAAAACCUAACUGCAUGGAAGGUUGUCGUUUACUCGCAUUAGUGUACAACGUGACUAAGAAUGAAGAUGCGAGAGAUGAGACGUUGCGCAUGAAAACAGAAAGAAUGCCACCUGGAAGACCAAGAGAAUGGGGGAAGCAGUUUACAAAACUGGUAGAAGAGUAUGUGGAAACGGAAAUAUCAAAGCUUGAAUACUCCGUAGUAGAGAACUAUCUACCCAAGGUGAAAAAGGCUGUAUCAAAUGAUUUAGAGAAACUCAGGUUGUUCUUAAAGGAAAAUAAGAUUAUUCACAUAUAUGAAAAAAGCUAUCAUGCUUGUAUUUUCCAACAUCUUGACCAAAUGGUCCAAAGAAAUCUAGAAGCAGAGGAUCUCUUCUAUAUUUUCAAGUGGGUGAUGUGCAAGUGUGAAAGUAAGGAAAUCCUGGACAAGCCUUGUAUCCAACAUUUAACGAUGAAUGGAAGUGAACUACAUUCUUCAUUGCAGACCAAUUGGGAAAAACAUUUGAAAAAAGCGGUACAGUCGGAAGUCAAAGAAAUUAUCACGAAAUUUGGGAAGAAAGAUGUGUCCAAGAAAGAUCCACUAUCUACCAUCAAGGAGGAUGCAUUGUUGAUUGAAUGA